CGGACGUCGGACAAUGAGGAAGCUGUUGUUGCUCCUCUCUCUUUGAAUGAAGAUUGAGCUUCACCCCAGACUGCAACUUCCUUCCUGUCUCCAACAUCUGAAGACAUGCAGAAAGAAAUUUGAAAGCACUUGAUACAUCAACUUCUGACAGAGCCCCUUGAUUCAUUGGGACUUGAAUAUCAGCAGCCAUUCAGAUUGAGAAGAAAUGUUUGCUUUUGGCUGCUUGAGAGAUUUUGGACACUGGUGUGGCAGGAAAAAUACUGAGACAACUGAGUGAGAGAGAUUCAGUGCGCUGACUGUGGAAAGUGCUUCAAACCAUUUUGUCAGCUUGGGAGAUCAAAAUCUCCCAAGGAAAGCUUGGGAGAAAACAAGGAAAGCUCUCCCCAUGGGGAAACCUUGGAAAUGUGGGGACUGUGGGAAAGGAUUCCCUUCCCCUUCGGUGCUGGAAAUUCACAGACGUGUUCACACAGGGGAGAGGCCAUUCGUCUGCCACUGUUGCGGGAAAGGAUUCAUUCAGUUGUCUCAGCUGCAGACACACCAGCGCGUUCACACGGGGGAGAAGCCGUUCACCUGCUCCGUGUGUGGGAAGGGGUUCGCAAAUUCUUCCAACCUGCGGGCGCACCAGCGGGUCCACACGGGAGAGAAGCCGUUCACAUGCUUGGUGUGUGGGAAGGGGUUUGCUCAUUCAUCUGCACUGCUGAGGCACCAGCGGGUCCACACCGGGGAGAGGCCGUUCACUUGUUCUGAGUGCGGGAAGGCUUUCCGUCGUACAAGCAACUUGCGGAGGCACGAGCGGGUCCACACGGGGGAGAGGCCCUUCAGGUGCCCCGAGUGUGGGCAGAGUUUCAGUCAGAUGAGUGACCUGCGUAAUCACGAGCGGGUCCACACGGGGGAGAGGCCCUUCACCUGCCCAGAGUGCGGGAAGACCUUCGGUCGUGUCGGUAACCUGCGGAUGCACCAGCGGGUCCACACUGGGGAGAGGCCAUUCACCUGCCCCAAGUGUGAGAAGGCCUUCCGUCAUGUAGGCGACCUGCGGAGGCACCAGCGAGUCCACGCUGGGGAGAGGCCAUUCACCUGCAUUGAGUGUGGGAUUAAAUUCCAACAUGUACGCAACUUACAGAAUCACGAGUGGGAGAGGCCAUUCACCUGCCCAGAGUGCGAGAAGGGAUUCAUUGAUUCCUCCGGCCUGCUGACCCACCAGCGGGUCCACACAGGAGAAGAGGCUGUUCACCUGCCCAGAGUGUGGGAAGGGAUUCAGUCAUGUGAGCAAUUUACAGCAGCAUGAGUGGGUCCAUACGGGUGACUGAAGCUGUAAUGAAGUUGAGUCGCAAUAAAAGUUACCUGAAUUCACCAGCA